AUGGAGAGCCACAACUUUACGCACGGAUCCCCGGUCUCCGUGAACAAAACACAGACUCUGCAGUCAGAAAUGGCCAGUGUGCAGACGGCCAUCAGUUUGCCUAUUUUCAUGUUUGCUGGAGGAGCCAUAGGGAAUUUGAUCGCAAUAAUCGUCCUUUCAGUGUCGAGACAGGAGAGAAAAUCCUCGGCUUUCUACACGCUGGUUUGCGGUCUGGCGGUCACGGACCUGCUCGGCACCUGCCUGGCCAGUCCACUCACCAUAGCCAACUACCUGGACCAGCAUGUGCUGAGAAACCAGCACGCGUGUGAGUUUCACUCCUUUUUGCUUCUGUUUUUCGGUUUAACUGGACUCAGCAUCAUAUGCACCAUGGCAGCGGAGCGCUACCUGGCCAUCUGCUGCCCUUACACCUACCAGCGCUGGGGUGUGGACAGACGCUUCGCGCAGAAGUUCCUUUUCUUCAUUUACUUAAGUCACAUUUUCCUCUGCUGCCUGCCGAUGAUGGGCAUGGCGAGGAGCGAGCUGCAGUCGUCCGCCACCUGGUGCUUCAUCGACUGGAGAACACAAGACCCGGCGGCCGCCGCUUACUCCAUCAUGUACGGCGCCGUCAGCCUGCUGCUCAUCAUGGGAACCAUCGUGCUGAACCUGGCGGUGUGCGGAGCGCUGCUGCUGAUGCGGCAGAGAACCGUGCAGCGGCCCGUCACCAGAGCCAGUGUCCGGCAGCGGUGGAAGGCUCUGUCCUCGGCCGCAGAGACGCAGAUGAUGGCGGUGCUGGUGACGACCUCCGCGGUGGUUCUGGCCUGUUCUGCACCGUUAGUGGUUCGAGUGUUCGCCAACAGCUUCAAGAUGAAAACUGACCCCAAAGCUGACCUGGCAGCGAUCAGGAUUGCCUCGGUUAAUCCCAUCCUCGACCCCUGGAUCUACAUCCUGCUCAGGAGGUCUCUGUUUCGACGGCUGCUCAGUUUAUCCAGACGAAGCAGCAGCACUCGCAGCAGUGCCUCCUCGUCACCACAGAGGAAUCUGUUCUAUCCUGACAUCAUGAGGGACAGCCACAUGUUCACGCAGUUAAUGUGCAGCACAAACAUCAUCACUCAGCUUCCUGCCACUGUCAAAUUUACUCCGUGUGACACAGAAAGCCUCCAGCAGACUUCACACACAGCAGACUGACGGCGUGUUUUGACAUGAGCGAACGUUUGCAGCGCGAUGCAGCCAUGCAGACUCUGAACCUGUGGUGAGACGGAAACACAGAGGACAGAGCUGGACAGAGCUGCUGCAGGAUCUAGUAUGCAGGACUUGUGGCCUGGUGUCAACACAGCAGUUGGUCCUUUUCUUCCCUGCUCACUCCCACCAGCACAGUGUCUCUGAGUCUCUAAUCACCUUAAGCUGGGGACAUACUACAAGAUUCACCGUUGGACAGAGUCUGCACCAGUCAGCACUAGUUGGGGACAUAAAUCUGUUAGUGUGUGAGAGUAACAGACCCGACCCGACCUCAGUUGCAGUCAGUAAAACAUGUUUGAAUUCUUUGAGCCGACUCUGGACACAAUCGGGUAAUACUGUACUGAUUACUGACCCAACUGCAAACACAUGCUGCCAACAGCCAAAAAUGAAAGAGAGGAGGAGGGACACAGGAAAUAGUGUCAGAAGAAAGACAACGGGAAGCAGCAGGAAUAUCAAAGCAACAAUGGUGAAUUUUGUUUACCCUUUAAACCAGGGUCUCAAACUUAAAUGACCGUGGGGCCACUCAAGUGAAAAAUAUUUUUGUGGAAAAGCAACUAGUAAGGGUGCGCGCUAUGAGCUUAAAAUGAUAGAUAUUUCACAGAAUCUCAAAAUAAAAGAGUGUUGACAAGUGGUGGGCCACAUGAAACAGAUUGGAGGGCUGCAUGUGGCCUGUGGGCCGCGAGUUUAAGACCUCUGCUUUAAACUGUUGCUCUCCUAGACAUGGUCACUCUCAUGAGUGUGAUGCUUUGUGAUCCCUCAUCUGGUGCGGCCAUUAAAUCUGUUCUCCCUAGUCUUUUAAUCGUCAUAAAAUAAAUCUGCAGAAACCAGUAAACACCUUUUAGUGUGAACUCCAAGUGUUUUCAAAAAUGGCGACGAGAGUGAAAGUUGUGUAGUGUGUCCCCAGCUUUAGUCACAACUGGGCCACACUGACAAGCAGUGGUAGCUAGCAUUAGCCAAUAGUGUUGGCCAGUAUGAUUAAAAGCUCAAACUUAGCACCUACAGACGUCCAGGGUUAGUUUAUCAGAACCUACGGUUAUUACUAGGUUUCUGUAUGUAAACUACAUACACUAAAAUCAAUACAAUUCUGGGAACCGUUAACAUUUGUUGUAGAAAUGCCAAUACUUUAGCUUCAAGCUACGUAGGCUAACUGUUAGCACUUACCUGUGGAACAGAAAAGAGGACACCUUCAUGCCGUCCUCUCCCACAGUGCUUGUCCUUUUUUCCCCCCACUUUGCGCCGUUUGGCCUCUCUAAACUGGCAAUAUUUUUGGAGGUGUCAUGUCCACUAUGUCCAUUACUGCACCUUCUGAUACCUGUCCAGCUGUAACUGGAGUGUCCCGCCCCCUCACUGUGAUUGGCUGGAGGAUAUGAACAUACUGGUCAAUUCCACCCAGUGUGUCUCCAGAGGACUGGUAACGGGGAUUUGUAACUUGUUGUCCACUUUGUUGUUGUUGUCUUGUUGUACUCCAUACUGUAUCUCCUGCAGGCUGAUCAAGAGCUCAAUUUAUUUUUGAGGCCUUAUGGGUUUUCAAGUGACCUCUGAAACCAUACAAACGACACUUGAAUGUAAUGUGAUUUGCUCGGCAUUGAAAUGUUGAAGUUGAAAUAAAUCUGAUAUCAACCAGGCACGCUAAUCGCCGUCCGCAGUGGUCAGUGUUAACCCAUGUAAAAAAUAAACAAUUAAAGGACACACCCACCAUGCAAAAGUGAAAUCGUGGCGCAGCUGAGGUCAACAGUUCUGGUAUCAGAGCAUGAAACCUCUGGGAAACUCCUCAGGAGAGAUAUUUUGCAUUAAGGUCUGGGACAUUUCAAACUCUGGUUUGAGCUGAAUA